AUGUUUUUAAAAUCACUUCAGUUAAUAGUGUGUUUAACGAUAAUUUUUAACGAACGUGGAGCUCUAAUAGCAUCGCAAAAUGUAGAAUAUCCACCGUUAUCAGAAUCAAUGUGGAAUUACGUGGGAGAAACUUUAGAGUGGGAAUCAAGAGAACCUAAAAAUAGAGAAAAUGUUUUAGUGGAAUAUGACUUCAUCGUAGUCGGUGCUGGAAGUGCAGGAGCAGUAGUAGCUAGUAGAUUAUCCGAGAUUAAAAAAUGGAAGGUGUUAUUAAUCGAAGCUGGAAAAAAAGCAUUACAUUUUAUGGAUGUACCUAUAACAGCUCAAUUGUUGCAAGCUUCAGAAUACAAUUGGAAGUAUAAGACUAUACCUAUGAAUACAUCUUGCUUAAGUUUCGAUGAACACCGCUGUAAAUUUCCUAGAGGAAAAGUAAUGGGUGGUAGCAGUGUAUUGAAUUAUAUGAUUUAUACACGUGGUAAUAAAAUGGAUUACGAUAAUUGGGCAGAAAUGGGCAACGAAGGAUGGAGCAACGAUGACGUGUUUAAGUACUUUCUUAAAUCGGAAAACGCUAACCUAUCUACCUCGGAUGUGAACUAUCAUAGACAUAAUGGAUUGUUGUCAGUGGCAGACGUACCAUAUAGGACACCUAUAGCAAAAGCUUUUGUGGACUCUGGAUCAGAAAUAGGACUGCCCGUCAUUGACGUAAACGGGAAAAACCAAAUCGGGAUAAAUUAUAUACAGGCUACCAUGAAGAAUGGUCGUCGUUAUAGUACAAAUACAGCUUUUUUAUUUCCAGCAAGAACGAGAUCGAACUUACAUGUGAAAAAGGAGAGUACUGUAACACGAAUAAUUAUAGAAAAAGGUACGAAAAAAGCAAUAGGAGUGGAAUUCGUAACAAACCGUAAAAAAUAUAGAGUGUUUGUACGCAAAGAAGUAAUUGUUUCUGGUGGAGCUAUAAACUCGCCACAAUUACUCAUGUUGUCGGGGAUCGGACCGGAAGAACAUUUGAAAGAUAUAAAAAUUCCACUGAUAAAAGACUUGCCGGUUGGUGAAAAUUUGAUGGAUCACGUGGCACUAGGGGGUUUAAGCGUCUUGAUAAACGAUACUAUUUCAUUGAAAACCGACCGAUUGCUGAAAAAUCCGUUUAAUACACAAGACUAUAUUUCAAAUAAUUACGGUCCAUAUACAAUACCAGGUGCUGCGGAAGCCUUGGCGUUUUUCGAUUUAGACCGACCGGGAUCCUUAGAUGGACAUCCGAACUUAGAAUUACUAUUAAUUUCUGGUCUAUUUUCGGACAAUGAUUACACUCAUAGACUGUUCGGUUUGAAGACCGAGAUCUAUAAUCAAGUGUACAAGAAAACCGAAAACAUGGACGGUUUUACGGUGUUUCCGAUGAUUAUGCGACCGAAGAGUAAGGGCCGUCUGUGGCUAAAAGACGCAAACCCGUUCCACUAUCCACUGAUCGAUCCCAAUUACUUUGCGGACGAAAGAGACUUGGACGUGGCCGUAGCCGGAGUGCGGAUUUUCCAACAGAUGUUGAAAACUGACGCGAUGAAGAAGCUCGACGCCCAAUUAUUCGACACCCCGUUGCCCGGUUGCGUCCAACACAAAUUCGAUUCGGACGCGUACUGGAAAUGCUCGGCGAGACAAAUAAGUUUUACAAUCUAUCACUUGUCGGGCACAUGCAAAAUGGGACCGGUGGGUGAUCCCACAGCCGUGGUAGAUCCGAGAUUGCGCGUGCACGGCAUAAGCGGUCUAAGAGUCAUCGACGCAUCGAUAAUGCCGGAAGUACCGGGAGCGCAUAUCAACGCACCAACGAUUAUGAUCGGCGAAAAGGGCUCUGAUAUGAUUAAAGAAGAUUGGGGUAUAAGAGUAUAGACUGUAGUACUUGCAGAUUAAACUAUAAUUAGUCAAAUUUAUUAUAUAUAUUUCAUAUUUAUUUAAAAGAA